CAACUGAUUCCUACAGCGGGGGGAACAGCCGGGGAUGGAGGGUGGAGCUUAGCCUUGACGCAGUAGUUGUCAAGCGGUGGUGUGAGGAGGUUGUAUCAGCUCGGCCGAUAUUUUCCUACAUCAUGGCACGGUUUACGGUCUUAUUUGCUGCGCUCCUGCUCGUGGCGGGGUCUGUGGUCAAAGCUGAGGACCCAGCAGGCAGCGAGACCACCACUGAGUCAACCACCACCACAACUACCACCACCACAACUCCUACUACCACCACCACUACUCCCACCACCACCACUACUCCUACCACCACCACCACUGAGGAAACCACAACCACUGAGGAAACCACAACCACAGAGCCUCCCACUACCACCACAGAGACCACCACCACUACCACCACAGAGACCACCACCACUACCACCACAACAGAAACCCCCACCACAACAGAGGUCACUACUUCUACCAGUACUUCUCCCCCCACCACCACUGCACCGCCAAAGCCAGACAUCAAGUACAGCGUGACUGAUGAAAAUAAUGUGACCUGCAUUAUUGUAGCAGGGGAAAUAUUUUUCAAUGUCAACUACACACUCCGUGACAAUACAACUGCAGUCAAGUCUGUGUUUGUGCCAUCCAUUGGUGUCACAGUUGAUGGGUCUUGUAAUACAACUGAAGGCAAUCAGUUCAUCUCAUUCUCUUGGGACAAAAACAACAACUCUGUCCGGAUGAACUUUGAAAUUGGAGACAAGGAUGCCUGGAUGUUCACAACCCUCACAGCCUCCCUGCUCAUGGAUGAUGACUCAUUUGCAAAUGCUACAGAUGCUGGCAAGACACUUGACCUGACAGUAGAUUACAACUUUAGCCCUGGUGAAGUGAGUGUCAACCACAGCUUCAUCUGCCGCUCCUCCAUUACCACCAACAAUGUGACUGCCACCAUUGAAAAGGAUACUUACAGCUCUCCAGUCACAUCUACCCUGAAGAACAUCCAAAUGCAGGCCUUCAACAAGAUAAAGGGUCAGGAAAACUUUGCAGAGUCUGUACACUGCACUGCCGACAACACCUCGGAUGUGGUACCCAUUGCUGUUGGCUGUGCUCUGGCUGGCCUAGUAGUGAUUGUGCUCAUUGCCUAUCUGGUAGGUCGUCGCAAAAGGUCGGGAGCAUACCAGUCGGUGUGAGGUGGGGCAGGUGGGGGAAGACUGAACACUUAUAAGGAUUAGUAUAUUGGCAUACUAUUUGGGAUAUAGUGGGUGGCAUACACUGUGAUAUGUAGAUCAAGGAAGUAUUGUGAUGAAAAACUUGUUGUUUUAAUUGGACUGAAAACUACAGUUAGCAGUUGUUAUGAAGAUUACUCACGUCUGCUUAUUCAGCUACUGGCAUUGGUUGUGGUAAUUUAAGACUACCCAUUCCCAUUUUGUAUAGGGUGGCUUGAUUGAAUUUCCAUCUUCAAUUAUUUAAUAAAUGAAAUGGCUGAAGACUACAUUAGCCAUAAAUGUUGAUGUUGAUGCUGAUAUAUGCUUGUAAAUACUAGUUAGCUGUGGAAGGAUUCAUUUGAUAGUCUGGAUGAUCAUGAGGUAUUUAAUUCCUGUUGGAUUUAAUAAGAAUAGAUCUGAUUUUGUAGAAUUAAAAUUUGUCCUCUUAAUUGUUUGUGCCAUCUAAAUGCAGUGUACAGAUAUUGGAUGUCUUCAGUACUGUUCACAAAGUGACAUGCAGGUUUGAAUUUGUUUGACUUUGUAAAUGACUGGCGGCACUUACCCACCUAUAUAUUUAUAUAUGGGAUAUCUCCAAUGCUAUAGUACUGUAGGUGUGCAUUAAACUUUGGAAGAUGAAGGUGCAAGGCAUGCCUAGUCAAGGUUAACACUUGCUUUGCGACUUCUGUUAGUGUGUAAAGAUGGGUAAUGAGUCAAAUUCUUGUCUGGCAGUAAACAUUCCAGUCUUGGGAA